AUGAAUUUCAAUGCAAAUCAAGCAUCACAAACAGCAAAUUAUGCUGGACAAGCCAUGAGUGCUUUUCAAACAGCAGUCAAUAUCGACAAUCAACAACCGCAAGCUGAAGGAACAACAUUUUGGUUUCGUUGGCUUAUUCGAAUUGUAGCCAUUGUUACUGGCAUUCUUGCAAUGGUGUGUGGUGUUUUUGGCGCACUUAGCGUAUCGGCUUCAUGCAUAGCAGCUGGUGUUUUAAUGAUAUUUUUUGGUUUCUCAAUGAUUAUGUUCGAAGUACCAAUUUGUUGUCAAUUUGUUUCAUAUACUCAACCAGUUGCCAAAUUUUCUGAAAGACGUCCAGCAUGGCAAAAAGCUAUGAUUUAUUCAAUACCACCACUUCUUCCACUUGUUCUAUGCCAAUCGGUAAGCAUUGUAUUGGGUUUCAUUUGUUUACUUGUUAAUGGAGCUAUUCAAUUCAUGUUAGCUGUUGGCAAAAAAGCAUCAAGAGAAGAAAUGCUUAGUCGAGCUGGUGUAUCAGGUGCGAACGAUCGUGGACCACCAGUACCUAAUGGUCCUCCAGUAAAUUCAACCGGAGAUAAAGGUUUUACAUUUACUCAAUUGCCUUAA